UCACCGCCCACAACGAGGGUUGCUUGCGACGAAGUUGUUGCAGUUGAUGCUGCUACUUUCUGUGUGGCAUACGCCUUGCUUUCCCGGCGUCCCGCACAAUGGUACCAGCGGAGCGGUGUUUGUCUCCACCGCGAUGUAUGUCACCGCCCGCCUCGGUACAGUGUAGAAUCGCCAGCGGCGGUCGUAUUCUAUGCGAGUGCCAGUGUUCUGCAGCAGGACUGAAGGUCAACGAGAGCACUGUCGAGCUCAUAUCGCCAACACGCAGGGACUCGCCAGCAGAGGAACGAGAAGCAGGCGGUCACGGAGGAGGAUGGGGCAGAGGCGGCGGGGGAGAGGAUGGUGUUUCGUGUGUGCUGUACCAGGAAGAGGAGGGCAUCGCCACCUUGACUCUGAACAGGCCGAAGUCGAAACACGCGUUCAAUGGAGCACUUUACUUGCGCGUAGUUCAACUCCUUGAAACGGCUGAGCGCAGCGAGUCCGUCUUGGCGGUAGUAAUCACGGGGUCAGGGGGGUACUUCACAAGCGGUGCCGAUAUUAAGGAGCUCCAACGACAGUCGAUUUCGCCUGUACCGAUGAUUCAGCAGCCAUUUGGGGUUUUCGGGAGCGCAGUCUUGCGUUUUCCGAAGCUCCUCGUGGCCGCCGUCAACGGGCCAGCCGUUGGAGUCGGCGUAACGCUCCUUCCACACUGUGACUUAGUCUACGCCUACGGGGGGCCACCACGUACCACCUCGAACGCUUCCAGGGAGGGGGAUGUUGGAGGACGGCGGCGCCACGGCAUUCCUGCGGCGAGGGAGGAGCGAGCAGCGGGGGUGAAGGAAGGCGCAACUCUUUGGACGCCCUUCUUUCGACUCGCGAUCGUGCCGGAGUUUUGCUCCAGCCUCACUUUUCCGGAGACUUUGGGGUUGGCUCGUGCCAACGACAUGCUCAUCAUGGGUCGUAAACUCAGCGCGCAAGAGGCCCUGUCGUCGGGAUUGGUUUCGACGGUGGUGACGGCCGACACGGAGAAGGAUUUCUUGAUGCAGGUGAAGCACAGCGUGAGGCAGAAAGUGGUCGAGACCUGCUUCGCGACAGAGUCGGUGAGGACGUUCAAGCGAAUGGUGUGGCGCGACCGGCGGCCGAGGAUGCUCAGGGUGUUCGCGGAGGAGUGCGGGGAGCUUGACAAGCGCAUGCAAGCAGGACACCCAAAGGCGGCUUUGAAGCACCUGACGAAGGACCCGCCGGCCCGGAGAAGCAAGCUAUGA